AGGGUCACAUUUGUGGACGAACAGAAAGUUGGUCAUUCCUGUAAAUGGAUGCGCUACAGGACUGAAUUAAAGCACGACACUAUUUUUUCUCUGAGUCUUUAGACGUGGUCAAUGGGUUCUCAGGUCGACGCCCUCUUGGCUGCUUCUCCAUAUAAUUAAGUGCAGUGUUUGGAGGAAACGCAUGAAACAUUGAAUUGUGAGACUGAAGUGUGUUUAUCUCACAUUCACGAGUGCUGUAAUAUCUAAUUCCCGUCAUUGCUAGUAGUUUUAAGUGGUGGGUCAGUCAGAGAAACGCACUAGGAGCUCCGCACCAAAGGCUUUGGUCUGACUUCAUCUCCAGAGAGCGAGCGCAAACAGACCUUCCUGUCUGAUUCAGAAUGGAUGUGCUCGCGAGCGGACAGAAGAUGUUGGCGGGGAAGGGUGCAGCGUGUCUGACAUGUAAAGAGAUCUGCUCUGGAUUCCAGCCACAUUCCUGGAGGAAAGCUUGCAUACAGUGCCACUGCAGUCAGGAGGAGCAUGUGUCCAGCUCUAACUCUGAGGAUGACCGUAAGAUGGGGAGACUGCUGGCAGAGUCCCGUUAUGCCCAUCUCACAACUAAGGUUAAGGGAGGAGAUGGCACGAGGGUCUAUAAACGCAACCGCAUGAUCGUCACCAACCCAGUGGUCUCACGUAAAGACCCAACGUUCAUCACUGUCACCUAUGACUGGGCCCCACCAGGCCUCACCCAGAAACUGGCGAUGCAGUACAUGGAGCUUCUCCCUGAAGAAAGGCGACCUGUGGCAGGCACAGAAGGAUCAUUAUAUCGCCACAAGCAACUGAUAAGACAGCUACCUUCCUACGAUCAUGACCCUGCAUACUGCCACAGCCUGUCUGAGGUGGAGUUGAAAGCUAUGGCUCAGUUUGUGAAGUCCUUUAAAGAGGAAUCCUUAGGAGUAGGAGAGGUUGCUCUGCCUGGAGAAAAAUGCAUGGCAGUAAAGAAUGAAAAGGCCUCCCAAGAACAGCCAGAUCCUGAGACUACCACAAAUGGAACCGCACAGUCUCCUCUCAGCAAUAAGAGUGAAUAUCAUUGCAGUGGCUGUGGACAGUUGGCAGCUAUGGACAGUCCUGUGGUGUAUGCCGACAGGGCUGGGUACUCGAGACUGUGGCAUCCCAACUGCUUUGUGUGCUGUGAGUGUGGCGAGCCUCUGGUGGACCUGAUUUAUUUUUGGAAGGAAGAAGCGCUGCUGUGUGGACGCCAUUACUGCCAGAGCAUCAGACCUCGCUGCCUGGGCUGUGAUGAGCUGAUCUUCUCAGAAAUGUUCAUGCAGGAGGCCAGUGGUCAUGUGUGGCAUAAGGAACACUUCUGCUGCUGGCUGUGUGGGCAGAAUCUCAGAGUUCAAUGUGCUUGUGACAAGCGUCAAUCGAUAUCCAGUUCAGAUUAGAUUUUAUAUUCUAUGUCAGCAUCCUCCUCAAAAACACAAAAUAUUACUGUUUACUGAAAGUCUAGGACCUAUUAAAGGGGUCAAAAAUUGAGAAAUCUAAUUUUCCCUGAUCUUUUGACACAUAAAAUGUCAUAGUGCUAAAGUGUAUAAAAACAGACUGUACUUUGCAGAACUCAAAACUUCCUUGUUAGUUCAAAAACAACUUUUCUUGAAACCAAGCUGCCAAAACUAGUUUUCCACUUCUGAGUUUUAAUAGAGUAAUAUGUCAGCAACAAGAUUCCCUGCACAGACACAUAUCAAUGCCUGCCUGAUUUUGAUUUAACUCACUUGCAGGUGAUUCUUUAUUUACCAACAUUUUGUACCUUGACAAAAGCGAUAUGCAGAAACAUUUGAUAAAUAAAGAAUCACCUGCAAGUGAGUGUGCGGUCUUAUGCCUCUUUAUGCUACUUAGAUGUCUUCUGACCGGCACCUCGCAUGGUGUGCUUUUGCAUGCUUAUUUUACUAAGGAACAAACCAAAACCACAACACUACAGCAGAUGUAGAUUUAUCUUACUUUAUUUGUUGUUGAUAAAAUAUGUUCUCCAAUCCUUUUUUUUUUUUAACCCAUGUUGCCAGAAGCCAACAUUAUGUAGCCUAUUCUUUGUUAAAAAUGUGAAGGAAUAGAUAAACUUAGCAUAAAUUUGCACCUCAAAAAGGAAAUGUAUGUUAAUAUUGAUAAGAAAAUCCCCACAAUUAAUUGCUUAAAUGGCUUUGGGAUUGCAGAGUGACAUUUAUACAGUAUUCAGGAGAGUAUACAAUGAAAAACAGAUGGACAGAAACAUUUUGGGUCCCACAUUAUUAAGCAAACUUAUAACUACUGUGUACUUACAUCAACAAAUAAAUACAAUAUUGUGUUCAUAUUGAAAAAAACUCUGCUAUUAAGGUGGGAUGCAGGUAAGGUUAGGUACAGGUCUGGUGGUCUGGGUAGGUUUAAGAGUGGGUUAAGGAUAUGUCAAAGGUGUAAUUAUAAAUGUAAUUACUGAAAUUAAUUUCAGAUGUAAUUACAUGAAGGUAUAUAUAUAAUUGCAAUAUAAAAACAUACUUUACACAAUAAUUGUGUACUAAAGUUAAAAACCUUAACUUAAAGUUAAGGUACUUAAUAUGAAGUGGGACCAGAAUUUUAAGUCCAUUCGAUACAUUUAUUUAAUGAUUUAUGAAUCAAGGCUACUAAUGUCAGUCCCAACAUGUGUCUGAGGCGCCUGUCAAGGUUUUGUGUUCGGGUUUGGGUGGACCUAAGAAGUGGACCUGUGAGAACCUCUAGUUUGAAUCAGAAGCCUAAACAAAGUCCCUUUCAAGGAAAGAAACACAGCGACAUGCUAAUUUCAGUUAUCCAAGACCAAGUCCAAUCACUCUGAAUGGGGAAAUCCUGAAAUCUCAUAAACCUUUACAUUAAUAUCUAAAUAUUUAAAAUCAGGAACAUUAAAUAAAAAGUUUAAAAAAUAAUAGUGUUUAGAAUGUAUUUCGGUGAUGUUCAGAAUGACCUUUUAUUUCAAAAUAAUUUAAAAAAAUAUUUUAAAAAAUGCAGUUCAUGACCCUUUUAAGAUUACUGGAGAUUAAUUAUUUGAUAAAGACCAUUUGAAUAUUUGUAUGUCUAUCAGUCGUUAAUUAUUUGUACGAUUAACCUAUCUUUGAAAAAAGUGGUCCUCAAACAGUUAAGUCUGUUUACAGAAAAAAUAUUCAUGAUGUAAGCCUGCACUCAGGAGUUUGUCCAAUCAGAUGCUCGAGAAUGUUAUUCUGUUUUCAUUGCUAAGGCAUCCAAUACUGAUUAUGUAAGAAUCCGAUUAUGCAAGAACUUGGUUAUUUGAUAAACCUUUAGUGUCAGUAUAUUAUCAGUAUAAGGUAAUCCAAGGUAAUAUUACAUGGCACAACUAUGAGUGUUAUAUGAACAAUAUGACAAUGCUGAGUUGCUUCAUUAAAGUUCAAAGCUAAUUGAAUUAUGUACAGUAGAGUAUUAUGAGAGUGAGUUUGAACCUGCAUAUGAACUGAAACAGCAUUCGUUCCUCAGCUCAGUCUCUUAUAAAUUUGUUUGUUUUAAUGUCCACUUAGAAAAGCGUUAGUCAAAAUCACCAACAGUAACAUACAGCCUUCACAAUACUACUAUAUUAUUUAUUUAACAAUAAUAGCCAUAUUAAAGUUAUAAGACGUUUGUACAGCAGGAAAUAAACACAAGUAAACAGUCUUGCAACAGUAAAUCAAUCAAAAGGACAAGGCAUGGCUCUGAUAAAGAAAUUAACCAUAGAACAUAUUACUAUUUUAAUGUGGCACUAAGACGGUUUCAUACAUGAAGCAGCCAAUAUGAUAUAACAGUCAACAGGGUUUGGUCUAGUCAGUGAAUCUCAAUGGGGGCUCACAGGACUGCAAGUUUUGUUUAUUCUCCCUUAUAGGUGACCAUAAUUUUGCCAAGUAAAACUUGUUCCUGGAUCAACAUCCUUGAACCUAGCAGGUUCAGUUCAUGGUACUUCCUGCUAACAAACUGAUGAAUUGGAUCACUUGAGAGACAUCCAAAAAUGUGCAGUGCUUUGGGUCUCCAGGACAGUUCCUGGAGAUCCACUUGAUUUAAUUGAUGCAGAUGUUGAAAAGUUUAAAAGGCAGAGGUUUUGGAGUUGUACUGUCAUUCUGCACACACUUUGUUUCAAGGGUAUUAGCAUACAGUAGCAUACAAAAAUAUGGCCAGUAGCCGCCAGAUACAAAAACCAGAGCCUGUCAAGCUUAAGUACGUAGGUGAGAGUUCAUGAAGUGAGUUCCUACAAAUAGUCCUUGCAUUGAGGAAAUAAAUGUAAGAGCUUUUUAUUGCAGAUGUUUUUGUAAACAUUAAAUUACUUUAAAGUAUAUCUUUCAAUAAUGAUUGAAUCCAUAGGUGAGUGUACAUGAGUGUUUGAUGUUUAAUUUUAAUGUAAGGUUUUCAAACAAAAGUAAUUGUGAGUUCAAAUUAUCAUUUAUCAAUAUAAUUGGCAUUAUAAAAUGUGUCCUGUGACUGUAUUGAGAACUGCAUUUAACCAGUUAGUUAGAUUUCUGGAAGCAAUUGUAUUCUUGAUGUUUUUGACAAAAGUAUAUGUUUUUCAUGAAAAAAUGUGCCUUUAUGGUAGCUAUUGUUUAUUUGUAUUUAGUUAAUGACAAAUUAAAUUUAGACUGAAGGUCAGUGAUUAAACUGGAAGCGAGGAAAACAGAAAUAUUUGGAUAACCUAUUUCCAGCAAUUAGAUUUUGGAAAUUGCCAUACAAACUGGACCUUUUGUAUCUCAGUUUAACAAAUAUACUUUUAAAAGGUAUCAUACUGCAUAUUUUAAAACGUUUCUCACACAAAGCUUUUAAUCACUUUUGUCUAAGCGCUUAAUCAGCAAUUGCUACUUUUGUGUAGGUAUUCAGUCCAUUUGUUCUUUAAGUCCAUGGGGAAUAAAGACUGGCUUACAAUUA